AUGUCAACUAGCAAAUCAUCGGCUCUGGGAGACACGCCAAAGGCCGGCGAAGCCGUACUGAAGCUGAAUGAUGGAAACAGUAUGCCAAUGCUGGGAUAUGGUUUAGGAACGGUGUUACACAAGAGAUCCCGGGAUGAGAAGAAUGAAGCAAUUGUCACAACGACAAAACUCGCGAUUGAACAUGGGUUUCGCCAUCUCGAUUGCGCCGAACUGUAUAAUAAUGAGAAAGAACUCGGCGAUGCCGUGAGAGCUUCUCCGAUCCCUCGAUCAGACCUUUUCAUAGUUACAAAACUAUGCGGGACUGAGAAAAGAGACGUCAAGGCUGAGUUCGAAAGCUCUCUUAGUAGGCUAGGCCUUGACUACGUGGACCUUUACCUGGUACACGCGCCUUACAUGGCCGACGAUGCAAAGGAUCUACAGCACGUUUGGUCUCAAAUGGAAGAGAUCAAAAUAUCCGGGAGGGCUAAGUCAAUCGGUGUGUCGAACUUUCUGCAAGAGCACAUCGAGAUCAUCUUAGAGACGGCAAAAGUUCCUCCUGCUGUCAACUCCAUCGAGUAUCAUCCUUACCUUCAACGUGGUUCACUCAUCAACUUCCUAAAGACCCAAAAUAUUACAGUCUCAGCAUACUCUACCCUUACGGCGCUGACCGAAAAAGUUCCAGGACCAGUUAACAAGCUCUACACCCAAUUGGCCCGCAAAUACGAGGUGUCAGAGACAGAUAUAGCUUUAAGAUGGUGUAUGGAUCAGAACAUAGCAGCUAUCACUACCACUCGUAAAGGGGACAGGUUGAAAGCUUUGUGCAAGAAUGUGCCCACAUUCAAACUUACUAAAGGAGAGAUCGACAGCAUCUCGCUUGCGGGUCAGUCAAAGCACUAUAGGAAAUUUCUUACAGAUCGGUUUUCGACCGAGGAUCGGCGAUAG